GGCGCACUUCAUGAGAGCAUUUGGGAAAUUGCAACCAUUUUGCAGUCGUGUGGUGUGUGUGUCGGAGUGGAGCUGAGAUUGAACGAGUAAAUAAAAACGCGAAAUUAGACACCCUCCGGCAAUGGAAAGCAUUGCCAGUGAUGUUGCAGUUGGCAUGAAGAGAGGCUCAGAUGAUUUGAGUCUCUACAGCACCAGCCCUAACUCUGUGACUGCUAACGGCAAUGACAGCAGUAAAAAACUGAGAGUGGAGGACAGGAUGGAGAGUCCCCCUUCCCGUGUGCUCCACAUCAGGAAGUUGCCCAGCGAGGUGUCAGAGACAGAGGUCAUCGCUCUGGGCCUACCGUUCGGCAAGGUCACCAACAUCCUCAUGCUGAAAGGAAAAAAUCAGGCGUUCCUGGAGUUGGGUACGGAGGAGGCGGCUGUUACCAUGGUGAAUUACUACACGGCGGUGAUGCCUCAGGUCCGCAACGUCCCCGUGGUCAUCCAGUUCUCUAACCACAAGGAGCUGAAGACAGACAGCACUCUCAACCAGCGUGCACAGGCUGUCCUCCAGGCCGUGUCGGCAGUGCAGGAUGGUGGCUCUCCCAACUCUGACAACAGUACGCUGGACAGUGUUCUAGCCCAUGCCCCCAGCCCUGUGCUCAGGAUAAUCAUCGACAACAUGUUCUACCCCGUCACUCUGGACGUUCUACAGCAGAUCUUCUCCAAGUUUGGAACAGUUAUGAAGAUCAUCACGUUCACCAAGAACAACCAGUUCCAGGCCCUGCUCCAGUUCAGCGAACCAGUCAACGCCCAGCAAGCCAGACUGUCCCUGGACGGCCAGAACAUCUACAAUUCCUGCUGUACGCUGCGGAUCGACUUCUCCAAGCUGGUCAACCUGAACGUCAAGUACAACAAUGACAAGAGCCGGGACUACACCCGGCCCGAGCUCCCUGCCGGUGACGGCCAGCCUGCACUAGACCCUGCCAUGGCCGCCGCCUAUAACAAGGACUCCUCCCUGCUCGGUACCCCCUCUGGAAUGGGAGCGCACUACUCUAAUGGUGGAGGGUUUCAGUCUUCUCUCUCCCUCUCGCAGGGCGGAGGAGCCAUCAAUCCAAUGAGUGCUGCGGCGGCAGCGGCGGCGGCUGCAGGGAGGAUGGUGCUCUCCGGACACUCUGGCUGCAGCGGCGUGCUCCUGGUCAGCAACCUGAACGAGGAGAUGGUUACGCCCCAAAGUCUGUUUACCCUCUUCGGGGUGUACGGUGAUGCUCAGCGCGUGAAGAUCCUCUACAAUAAGAAGGACAGUGCUCUUAUCCAGAUGUCAGACGGGAACCAGGCCCAGCUCGCGACGAGCCACCUGAAUGGCCAGAAGAUGCACGGGAAGAUCAUCCGUGUGACGCUUUCCAAGCACCAGGCAGUGCAGCUGCCCAGGGAAGGGCUGGAUGACCAGGGCCUAACCAAGGACUUCACCAACUCCCCCCUGCACCGGUUCAAGAAGCCCGGCUCCAAGAACUUUCAGAACAUCUUCCCUCCUUCCGCCACGCUCCACCUCUCCAACGUCCCUUUCGGACUUGACAGGGAGGAUGUGACAGAGGAGGAUCUGCGACUGCUGUUCUCUAAUGCUGGUGGCAUUGUGAAGGCCUUCAAGUUUUUCCAAGGCCACAAAAUGGCGCUACUCCAGAUGUCCACGGUGGAGGAGGCCAUCCAGGCCUUAAUGGACCUCCACAACUACGACAUGGGCAGCAACCACCACCUGAAGGUCUCCUUCUCCAAGUCAACCAUCUAGAUGAACCACGCCAUCACAACCCACCCCUCUCCUUGACUAACCUCAAUUAGUCAAUCAUCGUGACCCUCACCUUCUAGGGGGAAACUUUUCAGUCAGAUAAUAUUAAUUAUCAAAAGCCCCCCCCACUACUAGUUGUGACGGUAGUUUGUUCAAUGUUGUUGUUGUAAAACAAGCCCUAUCUAGAUCCCCUUAUCCCCCUCGACCUUAGUUUGUGUGGUUGGCAAGCUCCCUUCCCAUGUUCAUCAUGAAGAGGAAUUGUAUUCCCUCUUUUAUUAGAAUGAAUCAGCAAAAAUGUGCCUUACUCAGCAAAAUAUUAUCAUCGUUUUGCCUCCUUACGGUUCUACAAGUGAUGGUCUAGGCACAUUCUGUUUGGGGAGGGUAGUGUGUUUUCUUUUUGUUUUCUCUCCCUGUGUACAUUACUGGAUGUUCGGCAGAUUUUAUAGCUUCGAUUUUAAAACAUUUUUCAAAAUGUGGGCGAGGGACCUGAUUAACGGACUUAGAUGAAGAAGCCCAUAUUCAGUUAGUUGGCUUAUUUUUAAACUCCCGGGCAGAGCGAAUUUUUUUUCUUCUUUUUUUUCUCCCCCAUGUUGAGGAUUACUGUAAAGGCUGACACCGUUGUACAUUUCACCUGCUGAGGACAUCCGCUGAGAUGUUCCCUUGCUGUCUGUUUUUCAAACCUUAUUUGCAUAUACAUAAUUGUUCCUUUUAGAAAAUGUUUGAUUUGAGUGAAAAUGUCAGUGAAUUGUUUUGCUUGUAUAAUGAUAGGUCAUGGUAGUAGUGAAGACAUAUUGCUGUUGCAUGCGUCCAUCAUCCAGUUAGGCAAUGUGGUCAUAACGAAGUAUGAUUGUACAUGAGGAUGGACUGACUGUUGGGGACCAAAGUAAAUGUGCCUUUUAGACCUACUUUGAUUUAUGUUUUCAUUUACAAAAACAAAUGUGGCUUGAGUUUUGAUUCGGGGGGAACACUAAUCGAAGUCAAACAGUCCCAGAAUGUUUCUCCUUGAUUUCAAUGAUAUUCUGUGUGGUUUUUGGUAAAGGAUUUUACCUUUACACCACAUCUCCAGUAAAAACUGAACACAAAAUACAGUAAAUUAAAAAGGUUAGGAAUGUGUGGAAAAAGGUUAUAUUUUCUACAUGGAUUGAGUUUUUACAUAUAGUUUGGAAAAGGCACGAUUAAAAGCUAAUUUUCUACCGAGUGAGUCUGUUUGAUGGUUCCUGCUCUGUGUACCUACUCUGCUUUAACUCUGUAGCAUGCUCAAUAAACUCUCCUGUAGCUCUAUUCACCCUC